GAAACAGAAUAUUGCGGACUGAUAUAUUACGAGCUGCCAUCGGUGAUAUGUAUUCAUCAUGCAGAAAAACACAACUCGUCGGCGAUCGGCCGCGAACAGGACCUUGUACAGUGUUCAUAAGAAGGGCGCGGCCUCCGUCGCCUCUGGCCAUAAGUAGGCAUGCUUACUUCGACUUUCGUUCUCAUAUCUUUGCUGCCCUCACACGUUUCCAGCCGCUCCAGGGCCUCCUAUGAAAAGUGCAAACGCGGCUACGGCUCUGAAGACUAACAAGGCGAUCCCUGCUGUGUCUUAGUUUUGCGGUUGCGGUUGCGGUUGCACAGAGAGGCACAGAAAGAAACACGACAGCAUUGGGGGAUUGCCUUGAAACUGCAAAAGUCCCAUUCUAUGAGUCUGACGCCGAUGAUUGGGAUGUCUACGCCUCACCUUUCAAUGAGCGAUUGGAGUAUACACCAGCUGCCAUAGCGGUGCCGACGACAACAGAGCACAUCCAGCUGGCUGUCUCUUGCGGCGCAGAGCAUGGUUUCAAAGUGACUCCGAAGGCAGGCGGCCAUUCAUAUGCAUCGUUGGGCCUAGGAGGAGAGGAUGGGCAUCUGGUGAUUCAGCUUGACCACAUGUAUAAUGUCACACUUGAUACAGAGAUAAACAUCGCCACUGUUGAGCCAGGAGCGAGGCUAGGUCAUUUGGCUACAGAGCUUUUUGCACAGGGGAAUCGGGCUAUCUCACAUGGAACAUGUCCUGGUGUAGGAGUGUCUGGCCACGUCCUGCACGGAGGCUUCGGGAUGGCAUCUAACACCCAUGGGCUAGCUUUGGACUGGGUGAUUGGUAUCACCGUCGUUCUCGCAAAUUCGACUGUCGUCGAGUGCUCUGCAAACCAGCACCCGGAUCUUUUCUGGGCCAUGUUAGGGGCAGGUUCAAACUUCGGCAUCGCUGCGUCGUACCAAUUUAAGACGUUUGAAGCUCCGGCAAAUGUUACUUGGUUCAGCCCAACUGCCCUGGAACCAGAGUACUGCACAGGCAGGGCUAGAAGCCUUGGAGUCUUACGCCAAAAACGCUAUGCCGGCUGAGUUAAACAUGCGCCUUGCUGGAUCAUCCCAUUCGGCCUCCGUUGAAGGCGUGUAUUAUGGAGAUAAGGAGGGGCUUGAAGUUGCGCUUGAGCCAUUGCUGAACAAAACCGGGGGAUCUAUUUCUGGAGCAAAAGUUGGUGGCUGGAUGGACGGAAUAGAGCACUAUGCUAAUGCUGAAGUCGACGUUACCUACCCGUACGAAAUGCACGAAACAUUCUAUUCUAAAAGCCUGACAUUGAAAGGGUUGAAUGGAACAUCUGCAAGCAACUUUGUCGACUAUUGGUAUGGAACAGCAAGGAACGUGACGCGGAUCUGGUGGUUCCAGAUUGACAUCCACGGAGGAAAAAAUUCAGCCGUCUCGAAAGCAGAUCCGACACUCACGUCCUAUGCGCAUCGAGAUAAACUGUUUCUUAUCCAGUUAUACGACAGAUCAUUCGGCACAUAUCCACAACUUGGAUUUGAGUUUCUUGACGGAUGGGUGUCGAAUACUACUGCUGAUAUGGACCUGUCGGACUGGGGCAUGUAUAUCAACUAUGCAGAUGCUCGGAUGGAUCGCGCCACGGCCCAGAAGGCCUAUUGGGGAGUUAACUUGCCACGACUCCAAGAGAUCAAAGCGCAGGUUGAUCCAACAGAGCUCUUCUACUACCCGAUCUCGAUUGAGCCCGCGUUGGUGGAGGGAUUUGCCUAGGCUCAUUAAGUUCGUAAUGUUGCUAUUUUAUUCUUUGUAUACUAUUGAAUUUAUAGAGCGAGACAGUGGUAGGAUAGAUGAUACAUGCAUGAGAUGAGUUUGAAUAGGAGCAGCUCAUAUGAGAGUCGAGCUUUGGAUUUUGUAUGGAGCACUCGGGCCGCAAUAUGAGGUCCACUUUACGCGGGACUAUCAUUUUGUUAUCAACUAUCCAUCAAUCGCUACAAGUAUUUGCC